GUAUAUUUUUAUUUUUAGAGUAUAAUAAUAUGAAUUUCUUUGAAUAGAGAAGGUAAAACUCGAGAACUUCAACAGGUCGCGUAAUAUUAGAAGAGUGCUUUGUUUCGGCGCAGCCGCGUCUUUUUAUUUAUCGAUUCUGUUACCCGCCAUCGCUCGACGAUAGGAUUUCGAUCUUCAUCUUCGGCUUUCGAUAACACUAAGCGACAUUCGAAACCUGCGCACUUGCAGCCUCAACAUGAGGCUCUGUCAAUUUAACGUGCGCACCUCUUAGGAAACACAAACCGCUGCGUAAAUCGUGAAGGCGCGCGCACGCUUCCACCCCCAGCUAUCUUGACCUGAUCUUCACUCGGGUCAACACGCGAGCCAUCGGGAGGUGCGAGUGUGCACAUCGAAUAGUAAAUGUGACUGCUCUUUUGUGUUGUCAUUCUCCGAGUAUCCGGACGAUCGUUUCGCGCCCGUUCCUCGUCCUCGCGUCAUCUUUUCUCCAAGUGCAAACAGAGAUGAAUUUGGACGUUUGGAAAACACUCGGUUAAAGAGAGUAUAGGAGAUUUUGUGAUUCCUAAAUGCAACUAUGAAGAUAGUUUGCUAUUCUCCGAGAAGAAUGCUUGUGUUGUGACGCAUGGUGGAAGGAUUGCACGCGUGACACUUCCAAGUUGGAUGCUGUAAACUCGCUAAUACUGUCAUCGAUCAUCAUUGUACUCAUCGAGAAGAGGACGAAUUUCGACAGAGAAGCACAUUGCGCGAAUUUACAGCGCUUAUGCAUACAAUGGGGAUCGCAUCGAUAAAUCUCGCGCUAGACAGCGCGUGAAUUUCGCGCGAUUUGAGAACGGAUCGGUGGGUCAAGGUGUUACAAUUGAGGUAGGUCUGUAUUUAGAAGCGGAGUAUCGAUUUCUCGGAUGUUUUUAUUUUAUUAAUAAUUGCGAUUUAUAACGAUGAGAGCGUCAGAGUGCGGAAUUGGUGCGUAAUUUAGCUUUUUUGUUUUUCCUUUGUAUCUUUAUUCAAUGCUAUCCAAGAUUGACUGAUGAGAGACAAUAUCCUACCGCUAUCCCCCUUCCGAGCGGACAGAAAGACAAGUAUUCAUGGAGAAGGGGUAGCUAGAAAGGAUAAAUAUAGAAUAUCAUCUCGUAUGUCAAUUUUGGCCAACAUUGAGUGGCAACUUAAAAAUUGCCGACUCUUCGAUAUUUUUAUUUAAAAAAAUUGCUUCUUUAAAUUAAAGUCGAGAAAUAUAUAUAAAUAAAAAAUAAUUUGUUAAGGCUCUGGAACACAUUUUCUGUAUCAUAAUUGUAUAAAUAAUUAGCCGUCAGAUCGAUGUUGCAAAAACUUUGCUCACGCGAGAAAAAUUGCGCAAAGGUAUCGAGAUCUAUAUCUUAAGAAAACUGCGGUAUUUUGCAUUAUUAUCCGCUAAACAUAGUGUGCGAUAAUAUAAGGCCAUGUUUGAUGUAUAAUGUUAAUUUCAAAUAUAAAUACUCUUAGUUAUUAAAUUUGCAAGAGAAAAUAAAAAGAAAUACGUCAGAUUUAAUGUAAAAUGAUAUAUUUCAAUAAGUUAAUUUAGAAUCUUUUUUUUUUUUUUAAUUUAUUCUGAAUUUUAUUUUUACGUAAAAUCGAACUUGAUCGAUUACUACAUCGAUGAUUACGCUUUAAUUAAUGAUAUUUUAUUUGCUUUAUAUUGAAACGCUGUGUUUUUCUUCCUUUCUCUCUUUCAUCUCUUUAUAUUCAAUUGUAUGGGAACGUUGUAUCUCGUAGGGUGGAUAUGGUAACUAUGAACUCCGAAAAAUCGGCUUGCCGCCGAAAACCAGUGGAGAAGGGUAGCAGCAGUAGCAGUAGCGGCAAAAAGACAUCCGAGCAUGUCGAAAAAUCGGAUAAAAAGAAUGAGGACGUUCGUAUGAACGAGUCUCCGGAUUUAUCGCCCAACACCCCCACCUACAACGUCACUGCCUCUUGCGCCGAAGACACCCCUAAUUACCUUGUCUACAAGAAGAUGGAGUCGAUUGUGGAAAAAAUGUUAGACGAAUUUACUGGUGUCCCUGUGAAGACAGUCAAGACUUUUAUGACAAAGACACCUUCUGUUUUCACAGGUACAGAUCUUAUAGCAUGGAUGAUGAAAAACAUGGAUAUAGAUGAUCAAGAAGCUCUUCACGUGGCUCAUCUUAUGGCAUCCCACGGAUAUUUCUUUCCUAUCGACGACCACUGCCUUACCGUAAAGAAUGAUAAUACAUUCUACAGGUUUCAAACGCCCUAUUUUUGGCCAUCAAAUUGUUGGGAACCUGAAAACACUGAUUAUGCUGUCUAUUUAUGCAAAAGGACAAUGCAGAACAAAACGCGAUUGGAGUUGGCGGACUAUGAGGCGGAGAACUUAGCUAGAUUACAAAAGAUGUUUUCGCGAAAGUGGGAAUUUAUUUUUAUGCAAGCAGAAGCGCAGAGUAAAGUUGACAAGAAGAGGGACAAAUUAGAAAGAAAGGUCUUGGAUAGCCAAGAAAGAGCCUUCUGGGAUGUACAUCGGCCAUUGCCUGGAUGUGUAAAUACUACAGAACUGGAUAUUAAGAAGGCUUGUCGCAGUUAUAAAUCUGUUGUACAACCAAGUAAGCAUUUGCAACUGGGCAUUGCAGGUGGCAAAAUAUCGCCGUCUACGGAAUCGAAUGCAACAUCAUCGAUAGAAUUUUUGCAGAGGCAAAUUGAGACUCUGAAAGACAGACUAGACAGAACGGUCAUCAAAGUUUCGAAAGUUGCAGAAGCUUUGAUCGGAUACUUUGAGCAGUACAUGGAAUACGAUCCCUUUUUCACUCAACCCGAGUUAACAAAUCCAUGGAUAUCUGAUAGUCCGGAAAUGUGGGAGCAGGAAAAAUUAGCGAAAGAAAUAUCUACAAGAAGAGUAAAGAGAUGGGCGUUCAGUCUUCAAGAACUCCUGCGAGAUCCUGUCGGUAGAGAACAAUUUAUACGCUUUUUAGAUAAAGAAUUUAGCGGCGAGAAUCUCAAAUUUUGGGAGACCGUUCAAGAAUUGAAAACUUUACCACAGAAAGAUGUCCAGACUAAAGUCGAAGAAAUAUGGCACGAAUUUUUGGACACGGACGCCAGUUGUCCAAUCAAUGUCGAUUCUCGGUCUUACGAAAUAACAAAAAAGAAUCUCGAAAAAGCGGAUCAAUGGUGUUUCGAUGUUGCUGCGGCACAUGUAUAUCAUCUGAUGAAGAGCGAUAGUUACUCGAGAUAUUUACGUUCGGAAAUGUAUAAAGACUUUCUUAACGGAUCCAAGAAAAAGACUUCCGUGAAAGGCAUUCGUUCCAUUGUUUCCUUCACAGGAAGAAGAGACACUACAACUUCGUAAUCUGCCAAUAUUUCUUACGCUUGGUACAUAAUCUCUACUUGCCAAUUUGUUUUUUCUUUGUCUCCAUUAAACAUUGCACAAAAUUAACGAGGAGAUUUUGAGGUUUGAAAAGUGCUUUCUAUUUAAAACAUUAUCAAAAAGUCAUAUGCUUGCCACAUUCAUUAUACAACAAAAGGAAUUGACUACAAAUCAAUUCUUGUAUUUGUCCAAUAUUUUGCAUCGAUUGUUUAUAAUAUUCAUCUAAUUGUGAUCUUGUUAUCGAUUUCAAAUAAUUUUGACAUGAUGAUUUUGAAUUUAUAUUUAAAACAUUUAAAUAUUUAACAUUAAGGAGAGAAAACAUCCAAAAUAUGGCAUGCAAUCAAAUUUUUACUACAAAAACAUUUCAAGUUUACAAAAUAUUGCUGUUUGUGGGAAGCAUAUCUUUUGUUAUAUAUAUAUGUAUAUAUAUAUAUAUAUAUAUAUAUAUGUAUAUAUAUAUAUACAUAUAUAUAUAUAUAUAUAUAUAUAUAUAUA